UAUAAUUACGUUAAGAACAAUCCUUUUAAAAUAUUAGCUUCACAUGUACAAUUUAAUUAAUUUUUAAAUCUGUAAUAAACGUUAAUAGAAUUGUUAAAUAUUUAAGACAUAAAUAGACAUUAACAUGGAAAGCAAAAAGCAAAAAAAAAGUCGACUAUUCACCAAUGACCAAAUGAUAGAACUUGAGGGUUACUUGGGACACAAACCAACUGAACAACUAAUAAGUGAAUUGGCCAAGAAAUUUAAAGUAAGCGAUAAUCAAAUUAAGAAUUGGUUCAGAAAUCGACAGGCUAAAGUACGUCAACAAAACAAAGUACCCGUCAAGAGAAACCUGUUGAAAUAUGAAGGAAUGGGAUUUGAUGAACUUUUAAGUGAGAAUGUCGAUGGUUCCAAUAGCAAAAAAUUGUCGAAUUAUUAUGAAAAACCUUUACGUGGCAAAAUUAAGAAGACCAAGAGUAACACUUUGCAGCCCUUAAAAUGUUUUAAAAAAAUAGAAAGCUAUUGCCAUUCUAAUAAAAAUGGAAGUAUGGAAAACAAUUGCAGUUAUGAUAAUUUCCAAUUGAAUAAACAAAAUAAUCUGGUAGUAGAUAAUAUUUCUAAGGUACCUCUCCAAAAUAAUUCCAAUAAUACAAAUUACAGUGAUAACAUCCAGUUCAAUAAACAAAAUAAUCUGCUAGUAGCUAAUAUUUCUAUGGUACCCCUUCAAAAUAAUUCAAAUUACAAUAACAGUUAUAAUAUAAAUUACAAUAAUUAUAAUUUUCAGUCCAAUUAUCAAAAUAAUUUGGAUGGGUUUAACUAUCCACCCUGUGGAUCAUCUCAACAAAGAGAACACCAUUUUUAUAACAAUUUGGGAUCAAAUUAUUAUCCAGACAUGAAGACAUAUGAUCAACAGUACAUUCAGUAUAAUAACCCACAUUCGAAUUUCAAAAAUUAUUUUCCAACUCAACAACAUCCUUUACAAGAUAAUUAUAUUCCUUCAGAAGUCCAAGAAAAUGUUAUUUGUUAUAUGAAAGAUGACACUGAGGUAUCCUUAACUGUCCUUUAAGUAAUUAAAAUAAUUAUUUGGACUAUAUCUAAAUAAAUAGAUGCAAAUUGUUUUUAACCUUUAUUGUAUUUUUGUGUGUAUUUUUAAUAAAUUGUAAGAAAGAA